UUGUACUUCCUGGUUGGAGAGAAGUUUCGAAAUGUCGAAGUAUUUGUCGUUUCUGCUUCUCGUGGCGUCGUGGGUUUAUUUUAACACACGCUCAGUGUCAGGAGCCUGUGAGUCAGGUAAAUAUGGUUUGGACUGUAGCUACACCUGCCACUGUGACCCUGCCACAUGCAAUGACGUCACAGGUUGUUCUAGAAACUGCCAAAAAGGAUGGUUUGGACCAAAAUGCACAAAAGAAAAUGUAGCAUUGAGGAAAACUACUUACCAAAGUUCAUAUAUAACCGGCUUCACGGAUGUUGCUGAGCAUGCUGUAGAUGGCAAUCGUUUCACUAUAGGAGGAGGGCCCUGUAUAAUAACUGGUGUUAAUCAGCCAUACACGUGGUGGGAAGUAGACUUGGAAAGAGACUACUACAUACACAAGCUAGAUAUUUACUUCCGCGCCGACUGUAAGCUCUUCUACUUCUACUUCUAG